CAGUGGUUGUCUCUGCUUAAUAUUGGCCUUCGGUGGCAUCAAUCUCUCGAUGUCGCAAUGUGACCUCGGUGGUGCGCCUUCGUCGGCAUGUGUGGCACUUCAUUACGUGCUAGGUGCUCGAGAUUGUCAUCAGGAUUGAUCGGUUGUAAUGUUGAGAUGAUCGGCAGAAGGGCAUAUUUCACUGAAUUAGCAACACUGUUGUCAAGUCCUGAUUUUCCUGGUUCUAUAUCUGAAAUGUGUAACUAAGGUUGGUCUAAAGGGUAAAAGAACUUGUCAAAGAGUGCGGAUUUCAAAUGUGUAACUAAGGUGGGUCUAAAGGGUAAAAGAAUUUGUUCGAAAAGAUUGUACGGAGUAACUAGCAUAAUACCUGUUGCGUUACCAUGAAACUCCAAACUAGCGAGCAUAUGAUUUGCCGUCAAUUCCUAGUAAAUUGUGUCGUAGUUUGCUAGGUGAUCAUCAAUUAACACCUGAACAACGUUUAGGCUUAGUUUCAAUCCGAGAAGAUUUGUGUACAAAUCAGAUGAGAGCAGGGUUACGCAUUGGCCCCAGCCGUGUCGUAUUUAUUGCAAUAUGCGUUCUCCUUCGAAAAUUACCGCGUCAAUCCAACGCGGACUCUUCCAGUGAAAAAAAGGGCGUUGCAACUCGUAUGAAGAAUAGCGGUAUGGUGAUGGUACGAUUCCAGGUGGCAAUGAGAGACUCUCUCAGUCCUGGGGCGACGAUGCAAGUCGUGUUUGUUUCAAACUUUCAAUUCAGCCAGUCAGCCAAUUUGAGAGAUUUUGCAACUGGAACUCAAUAGCUUUGCAGGGAUCCAUCAAUUUUGUGACAGCCGCAAUAUUGAGGAAGUUAUUUGUGGAAGGAAAAAGGCAGAUGCGUGAUCGUGAAACAUUAUUGCGAAGGAUACGCGGUUGGGCUUAGAUUUGGCCUAGACGCACCAAGGAAAGGAAACUUUUAAUGGCAAUGGGCGUCACCUUCCUGUCGAACCAAAUUUUGGCUUUGAGAGAAGCACAAGAGAGCAAGAAACAGAGCACCGGCGGCCGCGGCGUUCGAUUCGAUCAACGACCAUGGUGCAGCCACGCGCAGUGGGCGAGAAGAAGACGGCAGGGAAGCGGUCCAUCCGGAUCCAACGGAUAGAGAACAAGGAAAGCCGGCUGGUGACCUUCUCGAAGCGCAAGUCGGGCCUGUGGAAAAAGGGCUCCGAGAUCGCCGUGCUCUGCCACGUCCGCGUCGCCCUCCUCGCCUUCUCCGAGGCCGGCAAGGUGUUCGCUUUCGGCAGCCCCUCUGUCGACGCCGUCCUGGGCGACGCCACCGGCGUCGCUCCUGCUGACGACGGCGCGGAGUGGGAGGCGGUGGAGGCGCUGUACCGGGAGACAGAGGGGAAAAUAAAGGAGGUGGCGGCGGAGAGUUCGCAGAUGGACGCCGUCGGGGAGAAGGUGCGGCAGGCGCAGGCGGGGGCGGGGAAGCGGUUCUGGUUUGAGGUGGACGUGGAGGCGCUUAGGGCGGAGGAGCUGCCCGUGUUCGCCAUGGCUCUCCAACGCCUCAGGUACAACGUAGGCCGCCGCAUUGAAUCUUGUCUCAACUCCGCCGCCGCCAAAGUAGGACAGAACAGGUCACCCUUCAGCUAAUUACUGGUGGCCUUAGACUAAUUAUGCCUGGUUUAUUUCGUUCACGGCGUAGAUGUGUUAGUGAAAGUUCUUAGCUGCUUCUGCCAGUAGGAUUAUAGUGUGUAAAAUUAGCAAGGAUACUUGAUUUACCAGUCCAAUUGAACGGCCAAUGCAUAAUUUAAGCUUUCGUUUGCCGGUGAAGAGACCUUAAAAAUGUUGAUUUUUGUCUAUCACCUGAUCAAUUGGUGGUUCGUAUUUGUAUAAAUGCCAUUAGAAUCGUAUUUGUAUAAAUGCCAUUAGAAUGA